UCAUUUAGGAACUCCAGGAGUCCAGGGGAUCCGAAUUCCUUGAAACCAUGUAGCAGGCAAUAUGUGCAACCUGCAACGUUAACAACUAAAAAUUUUUAUUCUAACUGUCUUCUAAAAUGUGCUAUCAGAUUGGAUGCGUAUUGGGGCUUUUUCUUUUGAUUCUUCAGUUGCCCUCCUGACAGAGAGACUGGCAUUUCCCGGGAAGGCAGAGGAAGGACAAACCAUGGAGAAGAUGUUGCGUUCUCAGGGUUAUUGUGUGCUAGACAACGUUAAACCUGGAAUUUGGAUAGCUGAUCUGCAGCUUGUACGGUGUCCAGUUUGUGACCUCAAUACGUGCGAUGGAACAAUGCAGACAUUGGAUGCAAGGCAUAUAGAACUAUUCCUCUGCGAAGACUACCAGAAUGGGAACUGGGAAUACCAGCUUGUAGGAUCUCAUGAUAUCAAGAAACGAGCAGAUGGGGCUGCUGGCGCCAUUUUUGAUAUCAAACACCUGGAGGAUCCUUCCACUUCUGCUGUAUUUGAUUACAAGUCAUGGAUUGGAAGAUCAAAUGACUGGCAACCGAAGGCCAUGAUUGCUUACCAUGCGGUAGCUGUGAGCACUAAUUUACAAGAAAAUGAAGGUCUUCAUGUGAAAUACCAUGCAAUGAGGGCAGGAACUGAUGGAGAGGUUGUUGCCAUUAGAGUCUCUCAGCAGCUCCUGUGAUUCAUCUCUGACCCAUUUGAGAGCGACCUGGGUUUGGUAGUUCUUUUAGACUUUAAAAUGCCUUCUUGAUAUUGUUAUACAGCACACUCUGUUACAACAGAAAACAAUUGCUUCACAUCCAUUUAUUUCCUACAUGUAGCUCUGGUUAAAACAUGGAAGGAUGAUAGUACAUUCUACUUCCAAAUGAGAAGUAGCAAAAUGGUAAUUAGUUAAUUACAAAGCAUUAUUUUGUAUGGAAGUGUACAAAAAUUCCCGUUUAUCUUGAUGCAUCUGCUUCCCUGAAAUUUGAUGAAUG